CCUCCUGGAGCUAGGGGCGAGCCUGGUAAAUCUAUCUCAGCUCCCUCUAUUGUGACAGCUCCCAUGUCUAUAGUCGUGAAAGAAACUGGUACAGCUUCGUUUCAGUGUGAGGUUGAAGGGAAUCCGCAGCCAAAAGUCAUAUGGCUAAAAGAUAAUUCCAGUCUCAUUGCAGAUAAACGCAUUGUGUCAACUGGUGGAGGCCUGCUGAUCAAUGAUGCUACGUCAAAAGAUGACGGAACCUACACUUGUGUAGCAAGGAAUAUUCUUGGGGUUAUGACGUCAUUGGUUAGGUUGACUGUUCAAGUUGGUGCAUUGAUCAUUCAGAAACCCUCAUCUGUUAUUGUUGAAGAAGGACACAAAGUGAGUGUGGUCUGCCAAGCUACUGGUCAGCCCACACCGACCAUCACGUGGCGAAAAGCAUUCGGUCACAUGUCAAAGGAAAGAUCAAGAGUUCUCAAUGGCAGACUAGAAAUAACCCGUGUGACUAAAACAGAUGGUGGAGACUACAUAUGUUCUGCAAAGAACAUUCUUAACGAGGACUCCACCCGUACACAAGUCAUCGUGUUGGAAAAACUAAAGUUUACAUUAUUCCCUCCCCUUAAAGGUUUAACCAUACCCUCAGUAAAUGUGUUAUUGACUUGCGAAGCACAAGGAGCAAGAGAGAUUGUGUGGCAGCGGACAGGCCAAGGUCUGCCUUCAGGUCACGUAGUUUAUUCAAAUGGCUCCCUUCUUCUUAAAAAUGUCUCCCCGACUGAUGCUGGAUCCUACACUUGCAUUGCGAGAAAUUUUCAUCGCUCCAUCGAAACAAGCAGCGUGCUUGAAGUUGGAAAACCAUCUUCUUGUAGUGAAAUUAAAAAACAAAAUAAAGGAACAUCUUCGGGUACCUAUACGAUUGACCCUGAUGGCGAAGGAGGCGUGACACCCUUUAGUGUGUACUGUGACAUGAGGAAUAAAGGUGGGGUUGGUGUGACGGUUAUCAGUCAUGAUAGUGAGAGCAGAACUUAUGUUGGGAACAUUCCUGGAUGUAGCAGUUCAGGAUGUUACAGUGAAGAUGUGCGAUACACUGGAGUCAGCACCGCUCAGCUAUCAGCACUCACUCGAGUCUCACAGAACUGUGAACAGUUUAUCAAAUUUGAGUGCAAUAAUGACAUAAAUUUUAUUGAGGAGAAUUUUGCUUGGUGGGUGUCACGUGGUGGAACACAGAUGAAUUACUGGGGAGGAGCUACAGGUCAUGACAAGAUGUGCGCAUGUGGAGUAACAAAUUCUUGUUCCGAUGGUAAGAAGUGUAACCGUUAUAACAGUGGCAGAGGCUGGAGAGAGGACAGCGGUUUGUUAACUGCUAAGUCUGUUCUGCCUGUGACACAAAUCAGACUCGGAGAUUUGAAUGCCCAUGAUGAAGAAGGAUAUCACACAUUAGGAAAACUCAAGUGUUAUGGUGUGGCAUAAGAUUUCAUCGUUUCAGUUACUCCGCCACUAAACACAAUGCAGCAAGUGUAAUUACCAACAGUUGUUAUGUGAGUGGGAGGCAACUGAUCCUUUAAACAAAAAAACACUGAUCCUUCUGACAUUUUAGUUUCGUCAGUUACAUCUUAGGGACUAAGAACUGUUAAAUACCUGAUUAUUUCGAAUUCUUAUUUUUUUUAAUGAGAUGACGGUAUAAUUUGUAUUUUUCGGAGCCUCAUACUAAGUAAAUACACAAGGCAACGGGCUAAAAAAAAGCUCGACCCUAUUGUUAAAUCUGUGUUAGCUUUCUACUUUCCUCGCAAAUUUAAUUUAACGCGACUGAUCCUGUGAACGAAAAAUACUAAUCCUUCUGACUAUUUAGUUUCAUCAGUUGCAUUUUAAGAACUGUUAAAUAAGUAGCCGCCUAUUUAUAAUUUUUGUUUUAUAGACGGUGACCACAUAAUUUAUUUUCUUUUUCGAAGCCUCAUACUAAGAAAAUACACAAGAGGGCUCGGCCCUAUUUGCUAGAAUAAUCUUCUCAGCCCUUCUACAAGUGGCAGUAUUUACCCCAAUGUAUACCAAAUCCUCUUAUGCUGAACGUUAUGUCUCUUUUACCAGUGAUAUCGUUAGCGGCAAGGCGUUUACAGAGCUUUAGAAAUGUGUGUUAGCUUUCCUCUUUCCUUACAAAUUUAAAGUAGUAUUGGAGUUCCUAGAACUGAUCAACGUUACUCGGCCAGACUUAGGGGAAAGGGGGGAAAAGGACACUGCUACUCUCUAUCACAGACUCUUCUCGUCUGGCUGAAAAGUCAGGACGUAAAAAAAAAACCAGUGAAAAUGUUAUUGAUGUUAGCGCACCGCGGGGAUCUCUUGGAGUGACGUCGGAGCGCCGCGUGAACUCCAUGAGUGAGGCGCUUUCCCCGUCGAGAUCAAAACAUGUCUUUUCUUUUCUAAAAUUAAUUCUUCACUUGACCUUUAGCUUUCCACCAAUAACCUAAAAAUAUGUUGUAUAAAAGUGAAACCAUAGCUCAGUAAUAUGGGUUUGAAUCAAAUCCAGUAAAAACUGAGGAAACCACAUAGGGUCAGACUGAAGGAUGAGAUGAUCAAAACAAUUGUUUGUUAGGAUCAAAUGUCAAAGAAUCUGAGCUGCCA